AUGGGAGCCUUUUCAAGCUUAGUGUUUGUCGAGGCUGCCUGCCAGGGCGCUCACUUGGAUCUGGCGUACGACCGCGUGUCUGCCGAGCUCCUGCAUUCCUUCAAGGCCUGGGCUGAGCGCUUCUUCGGCUCCGUGGGCCGGGCCUUCGCCGCCCUCGAUGCGGAUGGAAGCGGCUCAGUGAGCCUGCACGAGCUGCGCAAGGCGUGUCAGAAGAGGUGUUGGGCAGGCGAUGUCAACAUGCUCUUCAACUGCUUGGACGUAGAUGAGGGGAGCGGCCAUCGCGCCACGCUGGACGUGACCGAAGUGUCCUUUCUGGACAACUGGGACGAGGCCUCAGAAACCGAGGAGGAGACCGCCGAGCCAGAGACAGCGCAGGCAUGUCAGUUUCUUGGAUCUUUGACAGAAGAUGAACAGUUCUACAAGCUCAAGAUUGACAGUGCUGGUGCUUGCAACGGCGCGGUCCGCGAGAACAGCCGAAAGCCUGCUGCUGCUCAGGAAAAGCCCCCGCCGUGA